AUGUCAACUCCUGCACGACGCACUUUUCAACGAGAUUCAGUUAUCUGGCUCGAUAAGAAUGUUACUACAUCGAAAGAUUGUGCUAAAGCUCGCCACGAUCUGCAAGCAAUCACUAAUUCGGUUAAAACAUUUUCUAAUCCAAAUACAUGUGUUGAUUUCCUAUUGAGAAUGAAUUCGAAUGAUGAACUUGUAUUUUUUAUUGUAUCCGACACUCUUGGUGAAGGUAUUAUUCAAUUGAUUCAUCCAAUGCAACACGUGCACCGUAUUUAUGUUUACUCUUCGAAUACAUCGAAUAUUGUAUCGUGGACGAAUCAGUACGAUAAGGUCUCACCUAAUGUAUUUGAGAAUGUGACAUCAAUAUGUGAACAAUUGAAAAAUGAUAGAAAAAAAUAUGAAAAUGAUUUCGUAGCAAUUUCUUUUGUUUCAAAAUCAGAAAUUGACGCUGAAAACCGGCAAGAUCCAUCAUUUAUGUAUAAUCAAUUGCUCAAGGAUAUUUUAAAAGAUAAUAAAAAUGAUGCAGAAGAAGUUGCCCGAAAACAAAUGCUAGAUUUCUGUCGUGAAUAUUAUAAAAAUAAUGACUGCGAGCUUAAGAUAAUUGAGGAAUUCGAACGGGAAUUUUUUCCCGAGCAUGCCUUUUAUUGGUAUACGCGCGACUGUUUUCUAUACAAGAUAUUGAACAAAGCUUUAUGGACACCGGAACCAGCCAUACUCUAUAAAUUACGUUAUUUUAUUCGUCAUCUAGAUCAACAGUUAACAAUCACAGCAAGUCAACAAUUGCAACGGCAACAUGUCAAAAAAGUUUUUCGUGGUCAAGGUAUCCCAACAUGUGAAUUCAACAAAUUAAGGAAUGGUGUCGGUGGUCUUCUUUCAUUUAACAAUUUUCUUUCUACAAGUUUGAAUCGAAAUAUUGCUCGCGAUUUUGCGGAACCAGCGAAAUACUUAUCGGAUGAAACAUCGGUUAUAUUCUCGAUGAAUAUUGAUUCACACAAGAGUAAAUGUUCUUUUAUUGUUGUUGGCAAUUUAGGUUUUUAUCAAAAUCUUGAACAAGAAGUUUUGUUUUCGAUGGGAACCGUUUUUCUUAUUGAAAACGUUAAGAAAACGUCCACUGAUCAAUGGGAAGUUCAAUUGACUUUGACCGACAAUACUGUUGAUAAUCUUGCUCAUUAUACGGCGAAGGUACGAAAACAAAUACACAGUUCUCAUAUAUUGAUUAGUUUAGUAAAGCUCAUGGAUGAAAUGGGCCAAUACAAGAUGAUCGAUGUAUUCGCUGAUGUUUUUGCUGAAGAUAACAUAAUUCAUCAGCAUCCAGGACGUCUUGCGGAAAUGCAACAUGCAAUGGGUAGCGCCUAUUUAUCAGCUGGCAAUAAAAAUAAAGCACUGGAGUUCCUAGAAAAUGCGCUUGCAACUUAUUUGACACUUGUACCAGCUGAUUAUCCAAGUCUUUCCCCAACAUAUAAUAAUAUAGGUAGUGUUUAUCUUUCAAAAAAAAAUCAUAAAAAAGCACUCGAAUAUCAGCAGAAGGCUCUCGACUGUCAACUAAAUGCGUCGGAUCCGAAUUUAAAUUCAAUUGCGACUUAUUCAAUGAAUAUUGCUACAAUCCAUGAAAGUUUAGGACAACAUGAUGAAGCAUUAGUUCAUCUACAACGUGCUUUAGAAUUACAAAAACAAUAUCUUGGCGAAGAUGAUCCAGCUCUAUCGCUUACCUACGAUGUAAUCGCUCGCAUAUGUUACGAAAAACAAGAGUUUGAACGAGCAGGUAUGUCACGUUUAGAAAUGAGGACACUUUUUCCAUGGAUAGUUUUUGUAUUUUAA